AUGUUUCGUUUUUAUAUAAAUUGUCAUUUAUGGCGUCCGACAAUAGAUGAAUGGUUAUGUAGUGUCCGAUGUGUGCCGAAUAGCGAAAUACAACGUAUUGAUCGUUUUGUUUUUCAACGUGAUGCUAAAUUUGCUUUAGCUGGACAAUUAUUGAUACGUUAUGUUUUAUCAAAAGCGUAUAAAAGGCAAAGAUAUCCAUUUACUAUUGAGCGUAGUGGAAAAGGUCGUCCCUAUAUAAAAGAACUGAAUGGUGAAUUUGAUUUUAAUUUAUCUCAUCAUGGCCAAUUGGUAGCAAUUGGUGCAACAUUCGAUGGACAUAUUGGCUGUGAUACAAUUGAAUAUUCUUCUUCUCCAGCUAUCACCACAGAAAACCGAUCAGCUGAAUAUCGGACACGUUUAUUUCAAAAAAAAUUUACUGAAAAUGAACAAAAAUUUAUCUUGAAUGAUCAAAAUGAACAUGUACGUCGUAAAACUUUCCAUCGUCUAUGGUGCUUGAAAGAAAGCUAUGUGAAAAUGUUCGGUCAAGGUAUCGGUUUUGAAUUGUUACGUUUAGAUUUCAAUGUUAAAUCGUUAUUUAAUGAGAGUGAUCGCAAUCAAAUAUUAUCGGAUACAAUUGUGUCAAUUGAUAACAAACCGUCUACACACAAUGUAAGAUUUGAUGAACAAAUCAUUUAUUUCAAUAAUAAUCAGCAACAGAUAAUAACCUUGUGUCUAACACCAACAAAUCCCAUAGAAAAAUUUGUCGAAUUAAAUAUGAGCGAUGUUAUUAAAACUUGUAUACCAGUACGUGACACGACUGAUAAACAAUUAUGGGAUAGUUAUAUGAAAAAACGAACAUCUUAG